AUGCACCACCAAGGCGAAUGCGGGGCAAACACGUGUUAUGGUUGUGGUAAGGAAGGACACAUUAAGAGGAACUACCCACAUAAGAGUGAGGAAGGGGUCAAAGAGCAGCAUAAGAAGGAUGAUAAUCUAUUUUCAGCACGUGUGUUCACCUUCACCAAGCCUCAGGCAGAAGCAAGCACUUUCGUGGUCUUAGGUCAAAUUUUUAUUGCUGGAAUUGAUUGUCAUGUUUUAAUUGAUUAUGGAGCCACUCAUUCAUUUGUAGCUAAGAGAAUAGUGGAUAUAUUUAAUAUACCUUAUGAGAAGCAUGCUAAGGGGUUUGAGACCAUGUUACCAACCUGGGAGGUGGUAAUAUCUAGGAAGUUCUUUAGAGCCUUGCCUUUGAGGGUAGAUGGUAGGGAGCUAUUUGUAGACUUGAUUAAGCUGGAUAUGAAUGACUUUGACGUAAUACUUGGAAUGGAUUGGCUGACGAAGUACAACGCUACCAUCAAUUGCAAGAAGAAAAUGGUGGUGUUUAAGCUUGGUGGAGAGGAUCCUUUUGCGUUCGUGGGGACAAUAACAUGA